UGUUUCUUCGUCUACACAAUCGAUUGCUUUCUGAAAUCCAAAAACAAAAUCACAUCAAUAAUUAAAACCAGGGAAAAUAAACAAUACAACACGAACAAAUCAAUCUUUUUUUAAGAAAUUUACAGGCAAACCACCAACCACCCUUUUACAAUGUCUUGUAUUGUCUGACUAUUGAGUGAUUGAUUAUCAGUACAGUUUUUCAUUCCUUUAGCUCCAUUUGAGUGCAACCGCCACAUGUCAUUGUCAGAUCCAUCAUCCCCUCUCUACUCCCUCUUAACGUCACCGCAUCGAUUUCCUUAUCUUCUUUUCACAUUUCCCAAUAUGUCCCAUGAUUCCAAUCUUUGUAUUUAUUGUUUUUAUUUAUCCAACCCUUUCUCUUUCACUCUCAAAGUCUCUGUCUUUCCUUCUCUGUUUGGCUGAAAUAUGUACGUUCUUCCCUUUCUUGGGUUUCUUUCUUGAAUUUGGUUUAUCGGGUUUUCUUAGUUUUUGGGUUUGUUUUGAUUUUGCUAUUUAUUUGGUGAUGAUAUCGAGACCCUUUUGUUUGUUUUGUAGUAUGUAGUUGAGUUGUUCGUUUUUUUUUUCCUUUCAUUUGAUGGUUCUUAGGGCUUGGUUAUUGAGAACCCAUUUGGCUAGCUUGGCUGGUGGCAGUCUGGAAUUUGAAGAUUCUGUUUUUCCUUGUUGAGACAGGACAGGACAGGACACGAUAAAAAAGGUUGGACUUUGUUACGUAAAAAUAUCUCCUUAUUUUGUGAUAACCAGUUUGUUUGCGUUAAGGAUUGCAUCCCUUUACUCUAUUUGCUCUACUGUCUCUAUAUUGCUAUCCAGACUGAGGAGAGACAAAUUCAAUUCUUUUAUUGUCCUUUUCAUUCUCAUUAGAAUCAUCUCUUGCCAUAUAGUUCCUUCACAAUUGUGAAAUUUGAUACCUGGUGACCAUCUAUUGUAGUUGCUUCAUCUCUGUUUCUUACAAGCUAAUUUUGUUUUGAGCUUUGACAAAAGAAGGCCCCCAAUUACAGAACAACUUCUUUUUUCUUUUGGUUUUAGCCAAGAUAUGGAUAUAAGCAAUGAGGCCAAUGUUGAUCAUUUCAAAAUUGGACCUUCAUCAAUCAUUGAUUUGGUGACUUCGUGGCACCUAUGUUUUCAUGGUUUCAUCCAAGGAAUCCACAAGGGAUAUUGGUCAUGAUGACGAUAAUUGCAUUUUUAUUGAAACGAUAUACUAAUGUUAAGUUGAGGGCAGAAACAGCCUAUAGGAGGAAAUUUUGGAGGAAUAUGAUGAGAACUGCGUUGACAUAUGAGGAGUGGUCUCAUGCUGCUAAGAUGCUCGAUAAAGAGACCCCAAAGAUGCAUGAAUGUGAUCUUUACGAUGAAGAACUAGUCAGGAACAAGCUUCAAGAGCUCCGCCACCGUCGCCAAGAGGGAUGUCUUAGAGAUAUAAUCUUCUGUAUGAGAGCUGAUCUUGUAAGAAACCUCGGAAAUAUGUGCAACCCUGAGCUUCACAAGGAUAGGCUUCAAGUGCCGAAGCUCAUAAAGGAAUAUAUUGAUGAGGUCUCAACUCAGUUAAGAAUGGUUUGUGACUCCGAUUCAGAGGAGCUUUCAUUGGAAGAAAAGCUUGCUUUCAUGCAUGAAACAAGACAUGCUUUUGGGAGAACAGCAUUGCUUCUGAGUGGAGGUGCUUCUCUUGGAGCCUUUCAUGUGGGUGUGGUGAAAACACUGGUGGAGCAUAAGCUUGUGCCCCAUAUAGUCGCUGGUUCUAGUGUUGGGUCCAUUAUGUGUGCAGUUGUUGCCACCAGGUCAUGGCCAGAGCUGCAAAGUUUUUUUGAGGAUUCCUGGCACUCAUUGCAGUUUUUUGAUCAAUUGGGUGGAAUUUUCACUGUUGUUAAGAGGGUCAUGAGACAAGGAGUUGUUCAUGAAAUCCGGCAGUUGCAAUGGAUGUUAAGGAAUCUUACAAGUAAUCUUACAUUUCAAGAAGCUUAUGACAUGACAGGUCAAAUUCUUGGGAUCACAGUUUGCUCACCCAGGAAGCACGAGCCCCCUAGAUGCCUUAAUUACCUGACUUCCCCUCAUGUCGUUAUAUGGAGUGCAGUCACUGCUUCUUGCGCCUUUCCUGGUCUUUUUGAAGCUCAGGAACUAAUGGCAAAGGACAGGAGUGGAGAAAUUGUGCCUUAUCACCCACCUUUUAAUCUGGAUCCUGAGGAGGGAUCAGGUGCACCAAUGCGUAGGUGGAGGGAUGGUAGCCUGGAGAUUGAUUUGCCAAUGAUACAAUUGAAAGAACUAUUCAAUGUCAAUCAUUUUAUUGUUAGUCAGGCAAAUCCUCACAUCGCCCCGUUGUUGAGACUGAAGGAUAUAGUGAGGGCAUAUGGAGGUAGCUUUGCUGCCAAGCUUGCUCAUCUCACUGAGAUGGAGGUAAAACAUAGGUGCAAUCAGGUAUUGGAACUUGGUUUUCCAUUAGGUGGACUUGCCAAGCUUUUUGCGCAAGAUUGGGAGGGUGAUGUCACUGUUGUUAAUACUGCCACUCUCGCUCAGUACUCAAAAAUUAUACAAAACCCAACUCAUGUGGAACUUCAAAAGGCAUCCAACCUAGGCAGAAGGUGCACGUGGGAGAAGCUUUCUGCCAUAAAAGCUAAUUGUGGCAUUGAGCUUGCUCUUGAUGAGUGCGUGGCUAUUCUGAACCACAUGCGUAGACUCAAAAGGAGUGCUGAGAGGGCUGCUGCUGCUUCUCAUGGCCAAGCAAGCUCUGCGAGCACAUUGAAAUUUAGUGCAUCAAAAAGAAUUCCUUCUUGGAAUUGCAUUGCUCGAGAAAACUCAACAGGCUCACUUGAAGAAGACCUCCUUGUUGAUGUUGCUUCCACAUUCCAUCAAGGAGUUGGUGUGGCUGCAGGAACUUCUACUGGUAGGAGUUUGAGAACUCAACGUAACCUACAUCAUGAUGGAAGUGAUAGUGAAUCGGAGGGUGUAGAUUUGAAUUCUUGGACAAGAUCUGGUGGGCCUUUGAUGAGGACUACUUCUGCAAAUAAGUUCAUUGACUUUGUCCAAAGUCUGGAUGUGGAUUCUGAGCUCACCAAAGGUUUUGUGUGUCAUCCUAACUCUCCUGGUGCUCAGAUGGGAGACAGGGAUUUAUAUAAUCAGAUCUCCAGAUUGUCAACCCCAGAUAGAAACUCAGAAAGUGAAUUCGAUCCGAGAGAUUUUAGCAAUAGAAUUUCUCCAGGUGGUUCUAGCAUUACAGUCACCGAAGGAGAUCUUUUGCAGCAUGAAAGAAUCCUUAAUGGGUUUGUGCUGAAUGUUGUAAAGAAAGAGGACAUGGCGCCAUCCAAUAGGGUCCACGAUAAGGAAAAUCACAAUAGUGAAGUUCCUGAAUGUGUUCAGCUUGAUUGUCCUGAAAAGGACAUGGAUGCUAGCUCAUCAUCAGACUCUGCUGCAGAUGACGAUGAUGAUCCCUCCCCAUCAAAUCCCUUGCAAAGGACAGCUUCUACUCUUAGUCACACAGAUGAUCCAGUCAUUCAGGAUGUUCAGGAGAAGCAUGUCGUGGAUGGUUAACUUUGAGUAACUUUUGCAUUACCCUAACAAACCAUUGAGUGGAGUCGAUUCCCAGGUUACUAUUAAUCAAAGGUUUGCCCAGUCACAGUGGAGUAGAAAAUUGAUUUUCAGACAAAAGACUUAGAAGUGAAUUAUAAAGAGCAGUUCAAAGCAAUCUGCAAGCAUCAAGAUGUUGCUGUUGUAUACUAAAUCUUGCACAUGCUGUGCCACAAUUGUAAUCCUCACACUUUUAAGCAAAUGAUAAGGUUUUGCCUA